AUGGAACCUUGGCAACUUGUGCACAGUGAUGGCGAGGUCGAUGAUAUUGAUGAUGAUUCAAGUAUUUCCUCUGAUUGGUCCAUCAUGAAUAUGAAAGACGAUGUGGAGUUCGAUGAAGCGCUAGAGGACAAGCGCUCGCUGUCUCGCCUUUCAACACCUUCUACACCUCGCCAGGAGCCUAGGCAGCCGGAUCCAGCUUCUCGUCAGCAGAGGUCACGAAGGCACCGUAGACACCUCCAGCAGCGCGCUCCUGUGCCUGCCCGUCCCGUCUCGACGGUCACCAUCUUGCGACCUCCGCCGCCCCUCACCACGCCGGCGGAGCUCUCAGCGCGUGUAGCACUGCUUGCUUUGGCGUCCGCACAGCGCCACCCCCACACCAGCGAUCGGCCGCCGAGCCUCAAGUACGCCAACAACCGGCCCUGCGCCGAUCGCAAGCACACCAAGUGUAUUUUCAACGGCGCCAUGGUCGGCCUGCCCCACCAGCGCCCCCAGGUCUUCCGUGGUUCUGGUGGCCAGGUGUCGAGAGGCAACAAGCUGCGCGCCUAA